AUGGGUAUCGGAAUCCGGAGCCCAGCCCGAGACAAAAUCGACGCGAUCCCGACCCGAUCACGAGACAGGAUUGUAUCGAAAGGCACCACUACCGGCAAGUCCAGAGCCGGAACGCUCACCUUCAGAUUAAUAGAAGCAGAAGUCGAUGAUUUGUCAUCAACGACUGAACAAAUUUUGACCAAAGGGACGCAAACACCAAAAAGAUCAAUGCCAACGGACUCACCAAUGUUAAAUUAUAUAUUUGACUCUCACAACACACUCAAUAAACACCAGCACUAUCAUGAUCAUCGCUGGGGUCCUCAUUUCGAGGGAGAGAGUAAAAACAUCACGGUUCAAGCCGGGGCGAACGUCACUCUUGAUUGUAGAAUAUCUAUGCUUCAUGACAAAGUUGUGUCGUGGGUUCGCCGGCAGGAGGAUGGAGAGAAGAUGACCCUGUUAACAGUUGGUCGCACCACAUAUACUGGAGAUUCGAGGUACACCGUCGACUUUCAAUACCCGGACAACUGGCGUCUGCAAAUGAGAUUCGUCAACAGCAGUGACGAAGGCCAAUAUGAGUGCCAGAUAACAACACAUCCACCAAAAUUCAUUCACAUAAAUCUGCACAUCAAUGCACCCUCGGUUCAGAUAGUAGACGCCAUGGGAGACCCCUUAAGAGAUAAGUACUAUGAAGCAGAUAGCACAAUAGAACUCUUGUGUGUCGUCCGGCAUAUAGCCAUGCAGAUGCAGUACAGCGUUGUGCAGUGGCUUCAUGGAAACAGAACUUUAAAUUACGACACAACAAGAGGUGGAAUUAGUGUCAAAACGAACUUGAUGGAAGAAGGGGCUAAUUCUACACUCAGUAUAGCAAGAGUUAGUCCAUCAGAUAGUGGAAACUACACUUGUGUUCUCACCACAAUGUCGGAUCGACCAGCAACGGUUCACGUUCACGUUUUAAACGGGAAAAAAGUAUCAGAA